AUGAAACUCAAUAAUGAGACCGUGACCAUUGAGCUCAAGAAUGGCUCUGUAGUCCAUGGCACAAUUACUGGCGUAGAUAUGCAGAUGAAUACCCACCUUAAAACUGUCAAAAUGACAGCCCGUAAUCGGGACCCAACGUCCCUCGACUCCCUAUCUAUUCGCGGCAACAAUAUCCGCUACUUUGUGCUUCCCGAUGCCCUCCCUCUUGAUACACUAUUAGUGGAUGACGCACCAAAACCCAAGGGCAGGAAGAAGGAUGAUGCACGCGGAAGGGGCCGUGCACGAGGGAGUGGGUUGGUUGACCGCGGGCGUGGUGGUCGAGGCAGGGGAAGGGGACGAGGCAGGGGUUUCUGA